ACCGGUUUCAACUUCGUCCACUGGUUAGAACGUGGAGGAAGUUGAAAUUGGGGCUGACCCAGACAUGCCCCAUUAUUAUUGGGUGGUUACUGGUUUAUUUACGACUUUGCAAGAUUGUUUUGGUUUCACCAAACACAACUUUGCGAGAUUGGUUAGGGAAGAUUCAGCGAUGGCGGUGGUUCAGAACAAGCAAAUUAUCUUCAAGCACUACAUUGAGGGAAUUCCUGUGGAGUCAGACAUGGAACUAAAGGUCGGGAAUAUUAAGUUGGAGGUUCCGGAAGGGUCCGGGGCUUUUCUUGUGAAGAAUCUCUAUCUUUCCUGUGACCCUUAUAUGCGAGGAAGAAUGAGGGAUUUCAAUGAUUCCUACAUUCCCCCUUUUGUUCCUGGGUCGGUCAUUGAGGGGUUUGGCGUGUCGAGAGUUGUGGAGUCUGAUAACCCAAAUUUCAAGCCAGGCGAUUUGAUUUCAGGAUUGACUGGUUGGGAAAAGUACAGCUUGAUUACGAGGACUGCACAAUUGAGAAAAAUUCAGCAAGAUGAUAUUCCUCUUUCAUACCAUGUGGGUCUUCUUGGUAUGCCAGGUUUUACAGCUUAUGCAGGAUUUUAUGAGGUCUGCUCCCCUAAGAAAGGAGAUUAUGUUUUUGUUUCAGCUGCCUCUGGAGCAGUUGGUCAACUUGUUGGUCAACUUGCCAAGUUAUAUGGUUGUUAUGUGGUUGGAAGUGCUGGCACAAGCCAAAAGGUUGAUCUUCUUAAGAACAAGCUAGGAUUUGAUGAAGCUUUCAAUUACAAAGAAGAGCCAGACCUAAAUGCAGCUUUAAGAAGAUACUUUCCGCAAGGGAUUGACAUCUACUUUGACAAUGUUGGUGGGCCUAUGCUUGAUGCAGUCCUUCUUAACAUGAGACCUCAUGGCCGGAUAGCAAUCUGUGGGAUGGUGUCACAACAAAGCCUCUCUCAAACUGAGGGAAUUCACAACUUGUUCAUGCUCAUAGCAAAGCGCAUAAGAAUGCAGGGGUUUCUGCAGAGCGACUAUUUGCAUUUGUUCCCACGUUUCUUGGAGCUCAUCAUCAGUUACUACAAACAAGGAAAGAUUGUCUACAUAGAAGACAUGAAUGAAGGCCUAGAAAGUGCUCCAGCUUCCCUUGUUGGCCUCUUUUCUGGCAAAAAUGUUGGUAAACAGGUCAUUUGUGUUGCUCGUGAAUGAUUAUCCUGGAAAUUUGCUUAUUUGACAUCUUGCUUUUUUUUUCUGUCUUGAUUCAUCAAAAACGGUCCAUUAUCAGCUGAUGGAAGAUAUUACAUUCUUCCAAGUUUAUAUCCUUCAGCUUCCUCAACAAAAUAGGAGAAUUUAUUAGAGAAUUCAGAGAUACAGUAUCAUGCAUUUUCAUCACAAACAAGAAACAAGAAAAUCAGCAUUUUCUGUUGCCUUAAUUCAAGUGUAUUUCGAUCAGCAGGAAAUGCGUGCUAAAUUUCUGUAUCUUAAUAGAUAGACCUGUAGCUUUGUAAAAGAACAUUUGAGCUUUUAGACAUCAGCCAUUUGAUAAUGGCUGAAGUUUCUGAACUGAACAACUUGUUAUUUUGUCA